GGAACCUGGGUACAUGUGCCAGGAAGAACUGGAAGCCAGAAAUCCACUUCUUGGAACAAGAGAUGCAGCCCCUAUCCAGGAUCUGAAUUUCCUGCUGCUAUUCACAAAGAUGCUUUUUAUCUUUAACUUCUUGUUUUCCCCACUUCCAACACCGGCACUGAUCUGCCUGCUCAUCGUGGGAGUCUCCAUCUUCCUGUGGCUCAUCAACAGGCCUCCACCAGUCUUUCCUGUCGUUGAUCUGAGCAACCAGUCAGUGGGAAUCGAGGGAGGAGCAAGGAAGGGUGCUUGCCAGAACAGCAACGACCUACUAAGUUACUACUUCUCAGAUGCCAGGACAGCAUAUGAAAUCUUCCAAAGAGGACUUAAUGUGUCUGACAAUGGACCUUGCUUGGGAUAUAGAAAACCAAACCAGCCCUACAGAUGGCUAUCCUACAAACAGGUGUCCGAUCGAGCAGAAUACCUGGGCUCUUGUCUCUUGCAUAAAGGAUAUAAAUCAUCACCAGACCAGAAUGUUGGCAUCUUUGCUCAGAAUAGACCAGAGUGGAUCAUCUCUGAAUUGGCUUGUUACACAUACUCCAUGGUGGCUGUCCCCCUGUAUGACACUCUGGGAGCAGAAGCCAUUGUAUACAUUGUCAACAAAGCUGAUAUCAACACAGUGAUCUGCGAUACACCCCAAAAGGCACUGGUCCUGCUUGAGAAUGUGGAAAAGGGCCUCACCAAAGGCCUGAAGAUGAUCAUCCUCAUGGAUCCUUUUGAUGAUGAUCUCAAGCAAAGAGGGGAGACAAGUGGAGUUGAGAUCUUAUCCCUGUUUGAUGCUGAGAACAUAGGCAAAGAGAACUUCAGAAAACCUGUGCCUCCUAAACCAGAAGACCUGAGCAUCAUCUGCUUCACCAGUGGAACUACAGGUGACCCCAAAGGGGUCAUGCUAACACAUGAAAAUAUUGUUUCAAAUGCUGCUGCUUUUCUCAAAUGUGUGGAGUAUUCUUUUGAGCCCACCCCUGAGGAUGUGACCAUAUCCUACCUCCCUUUGGCUCAUAUGUUUGAGAGGAUUGUACAGGCUGUUGUAUACUCCAGCGGGGCCAGGGUUGGCUUCUUCCAAGGAGAUAUUCGGUUGCUGCCUGAUGACAUGAAGACACUGAAGCCCACGGUGUUUCCCUCAGUGCCUCGACUCCUCAACCGGGUCUAUGAUAAGGUACAAAAUGAAGCCAAGACACCCCUCAAGAAGUUUAUGUUGAACUUGGCUAUUGCCUGUAAAUUCAAUGAAGUAAAAAGAGGCAUCAUCAGACGAGAUACUAUCUGGGACAAGUUGAUCUUUCGCAAGGUCCAGGAAAGCCUGGGCGGGAGGGUCCGCAUCAUGGUCACUGGCGCUGCUCCUAUCUCUUCUCCUGUCCUGAUGUUCCUCCGGGCAGCAAUGGGAUGUCCGGUGUAUGAAGCUUAUGGUCAAACCGAGUGCACCGCAGGCUGUACAUUUACAUUACCUGGGGACUGGGAGUCAGGCCACGUUGGAGCACCCCUGGCUUGCAACCAUGUGAAACUGGAAGACGUGCCUGACAUGAACUAUUAUUCAGUGAACAACGAAGGCGAGGUUUGCGUCAAGGGCACCAAUGUGUUCAAAGGAUACCUGAAGGACCCGGAAAGGACCAGCGAGGCCCUGGACCAGGACGGCUGGCUUCACACCGGAGACAUUGGUCGCUGGCUCCCGAACGGAACUCUAAAGAUCAUCGACCGUAAAAAGAACAUUUUCAAGCUGGCACAAGGAGAAUACAUUGCUCCAGAGAAGAUAGAAAAUAUUUACAUCAGGAGUCGACCAGCAGCACAGGUUUUUGUACACGGAGACAGCUUACGGUCAUCUUUGGUUGGAGUGGUGGUUCCUGACCCAGAUGUGCUUCCGUCAUUUGCAACCAAACUUGGGGUUAAGGGCAGCCUGGAAGAACUGUGCCAGAACCAGACUGUAAAGGAAGCCAUUCUAGAAGACCUGAAGAAAAUUGGGAAGGAAAGUGGCCUGAAGUCCUUUGAACAGGUUAAAAACAUCCAUCUUCACCCAGAGCAAUUUUCCAUUGAAAAUGGGCUGUUGACACCAACGAUGAAGGCAAGGCGGGUAGAGCUUGCCAGAUACUUCCGUGCUGAGAUCGACAGCCUCUACGCGACCAUCCAGGAGUAGGCUGAGUUUGCUGCUGAGCUGGAAGGAGUUCAGAUUGCUAGCAAGUGCACCUUUUGGGUAAAUGAAGCAAGCCGAUGGAAACUUCCUGAGCCAUGAACAAAGACCUGAGCCAGCAGGACACUCACAACAGGCUUAUCAUCUCAGAAGGAACCGAUGGCACUUAUCUCUCCUGGACUCCGAUUUUUGCUGUACACUAGCCCAAGACAACAUGUCGUUUCCACUUGUAAAGUCCUUUUAAAUAAA